GUUUGGAUAUUUCCGGUGGUUGGCCGUGUUCGCUCCGAUAAAACUCUUUCAAUGAUGGCGUUUAUGAUAAUUAUUUUGUUGGCAUUGCUAGCAGGAAAGGAAGUUGGAGCAGCGAAUGUUUCUGACACACAGAAUCUUCUCACGGACCUAUCGCAAGACUACAAUGUCAACAUUAGGCCGGCAGUCGAUCAACUAUCUCCAGUCAAUGUAUCGUUACAAAUGUACCUGAAAUCAAUCAUGGAAUUUGAUGAAGUUCAGGGAUCUAUAUCCUACACCGCAGGCUUCCUUAUGAUAUGGGAGGACUACCGUUUAGGCUGGGACCCGUUGCGUUACGGGGGUUUGACAAAGUUGACUGUUCCGUUGAAACAGAUUUGGUUCCCGGAGCUGAUUCUCGUGUCGCCUGCGACGGACAGAACCUAUUUAGCAAAUACUCAGAGUAAAGCGCGGAUUUGGUCCGGUGGAGAAGUAGAAUAUCUAGAGGGGGUAAUGAUAGAAAGCACGUGCGAUGUAAAUGUCAAGUACUAUCCCUUCGACCUUCAGUCUUGCAACACAUCCUUCAUGGCACUGGGUUACUACCAAACAGAAGUAUAUCUAAUGAGGAGGACAGAGUCAAUAGAUCUAACAUUGUAUCAUGGUAACUCUAUGUGGACUUUGGAAUCAACGUCUGUGAGUGUGGCAGAUAUCUCGACAGGGUCCGAGGAACAAGAAGUGUUCUUCACAUUCAAUCUGCGCAGGAAGCCGGUCUAUGCAGUCGUUACCGUUCUUUUACCAAUUUUAUUUCUUGGUACUCUUAAUGCGUUUGUGUUUUUGUUGAUACCCGAAUCUGGCGAGAGGAUUGGCUACAGCAUCACGACGCUGCUUUCCAUCGCCGUCUACAUGACAAUCAUCAUGUCUACCUUGCCGCAGUCCUCAGACCCAACUCCGCUUAUCUUCUACAAACUUUUGGUCGACCUCGCCUACAGUUCUCUUAUAAUUGUAGCUGUGAUCCUGAACAUGCGCUUGCACGCAAAAGACGACGAUGCCUCGAUGCCAAAAUUUUUUGUAUCCUUCUAUCUCGCCCUGACGUGCAGAGGUUGUGGCGGAAAACCAGUGAGUCCAGCAUCGCACGGCUUUGCGACGGAUAAAAAUGUCCUAACUCUUAAUGAAAUGAAGACGAAACCUGAUGAACUCGACAUGCCCGUGAAUUCCGUGGACGCUAAGAAAAUCACAUGGAAGAAGUUCAGCUCCCUUCUGGACACUAUUUUCUUUGUUCUGUUCAUCUUUUAUUCGUUUCUUAGUUUCGCCGUUUUCCUUGGUGUUCUGGUCGGCGGGGCAUAGGCAAGGACAAGAUCGGUGACAAAGUUAACAUAUCAAAGUAACAUAUUUGCAAAUUUUCUAUUUUAUCAUCGACUCUAGAAAAUAAUAUUAGUCAUAAAUUUACUUUUAAUAAUGUCUCGUUGGUGAAUUAAAAUUGAUCCAAACUGCGAAAUAUAUGACCAUGUGCCUUAUAUAAGUGGAUUGCAUAGACCUCGAUUCUUUUAGCUUAUCAUUGAUUUGUUGCAUGUU